AUGCCAACUGAACAACAUUCUGGUUUGUCAAUGACUCCAAUUUUGGAUGAUGAUGCUUUGGGAAAUUUCAAAGCAAUGGUUAGGGCACAUCAAUUCCGUGAGAUUGAACAACAUUCUGGUUUGUCAAUGACUCCAAUUUUGGAUGAUGAUGCUUUGGGAAAUUUCAAAGCAAUGGUUAGGGCACAUCAAUUCCGUGAGAUUGAACAUUUGUAUAUGGAACACAAGCCAGUAUAUGUGCCAACCAAUUUCCCCCACUUCAUGAUGAACUCACCAGCCAAAAGAGUUGAGAAGCUUAUUCAUCUCUUUGUAACAGAACACCCAAUGUCAACAGUUGAUGAUGGAAUAGCAUACAUCAAGCAUAUGCUAAACAUGACCAUUCCCAGAGGAAAGAUGGAAGAUGCAAUUGACAUGGCUAAAGAGAAUGUUAUUGCAUGGAAAAACUUAGUGUAG